AUGCAUUCUCGGCCUCAUGUCGAAAUCGUGGCAAAUGAGGCUCCAAUGAUCCCCGAUUUCAUAAAUUGGCAUUCAUUGAGCCUGGACGCAAAACUCUGUUGUAUUGCUCCAAUUGCAGAUAGCGCUACUUACAUCGGCUGGACCGCCUGGAUGCCAACCAAUCGCCUGGACCAUAAAUGGAACGACGAAUGCGGCAUUUUCGAGUUUAUAAAGGAUUUCCUGAAACAGGCCUCGAGCGAAGGAAAAUUGUUUCGCCGGGCUAAAGGGCUGAAUAGGAUGUCUGCAGAGCUUCAAUUGCUGAGCAAUACUGGCCGACGAGAGGACGCUACUCCCUAUGUAGUAUUACUACACCCUGAAGAGUAUCGGAAGGAGGCUGGCAAGCUCAUUGAGCGCCUGAGAACUACGAAACUGAUCAUGAGACUUGGAUUUAAAGUCACCGGAUCGGUGCAAAACAUUGUCAUAUCUGGGGCAGACGUGACCAGUGCUUUCAGCUCUGGCAUAUCGACAGUCCAUGAGCACGGUCAUGCAAAGCGCAGUGCUUGCGGAAUGCAAAUCAGCGUCCGGCCCGUCGCUACCGAAGCUAGUGGAGGUGGGCGACUAGCCACGAUAGGGGGAGUGUUGGAGCUCCGGCCCAAUCGGUAUUUUGGGUUGACUUCAGCUCAUAUCUUCGCUGAGCCCAAUGUAACCGACGAAUACUCCGAAAAUGAUUCAGAGAAUAGCGAUCAGGAGUUCGGAUUCAUUGGUGAUGGACACUCUCGUGAGGCACCAAAGGAGCAUUACAUUUUUAAAAGUGCUUCAGAAAAGCAAGAUGGAAACUGGGAAGAAUUCGAUCAACACCGAACUAGCCUGGAUUCCCCGACAAGACAAAUUGGUACUGCUUUUUCGCCGGCUCAACAGAGUGAAUUCUCCAUUGAUAUGUUGUACAACGCGACCCUCGAUUGGGCUCUUGUGGAGAUCACUGACCCCGGAAUACAAUUCAAGAACUUCUAUGAAGCGUCGGACAAAAUCGUCAGACCGCGCCCAGAUCCCCGUCGCACGAAGCCUUUCAAAGGCGAUGUCUUCGUCCUGUCAGACGCCCUCGCCCCACAAAAGUGCAGAAGCAGUGGAUCUAGAUCAGCUAUCAGUGUCGAUUGGGGAGAUGGCUUUGUCGAGGUUUGGAGAAUUGAAUGCAAGUCCGACUUUGGGUCAUGCGGCUCAUGGGUCGUGGAUCCUGUCGAUGAAAUUGUCCUUGGCAUCCUAGUAGCCCACAGUGAGGAUCAGUCUCUCUCGUGGAUGCUUCCUGCCGGCCCAAUCUUUGCAGACAUCGAGAGCCGGUGGGGAGUCGACUUGGCCGCUGGAGCCAGGCCACUAACAUCUCGACAGACCGGCCAAAGAGGCCUUCGAGAAGACAAUCCGGCACAUGAGCGCGUGGCAUGGGCUGCCUCGAUGAUAUCCUCUUCUGCUACACUGGGAUCGACCGAUGGGCACUUACAAAGUCUCGACAGGGCUGGGCCACGAAAGGUUCGGGGAGAGGAACGCCCAAGCACCAGCACUGAAGGCCUUCAGUCGCCUUCAGCUGUAUUGCGUGGACGUGGCGCAGGAUAUAUGAGAUAUCCCGAUGGACGGUGGAAGCGGAUAAUCAUGAUGAAAGGCAAGUCUUCGCAUUGGUCGAGUCUGGACCAGGCUGAUCGGCAGCAUUAA